AUGGAGAGUGAAGACAAUCCAUUGAGGAUACAAACCGGCUCGCUCUGCUCAUUCCAACGACCGACUCCGCUGGUACUCAUUCACGACUCUAGUGGCACGACCUUUAGUUAUUUCCGCCUGGGCAGCUUGAACCGCGAUGUCUGGGCUAUUCAUGACCCACACUUUGAUGAAGGCACACCGUGGAAGGGCGGGUUUGGCGAGAUUGCCGAGCACUACAUAAAAUUGAUCGAAACGGCAGGGAUUCGAGGUUCGAUCCUGCUCGGAGGAUGGUCGCUCGGGGGUUAUCUCGCGCUCACGAUUUCUCACAAAUUAACGGCUAUCACGAAUCCUACCUUCUCUGUCGCCGGCAUCUUGCUUGUUGACUCUCCGUAUCACACCCCAAUGAGUAAGCUGCCACCUCACGCCCCAGAUCCCAACUUUCAACACCUUCCGGAACUUGUCCGUAAGUCAUUCGAGAAUUACGAUGUCCUUUUAGACAAAUGGGAACUACCUCCAUGGACCGCGCCUGCUUUGGAAGGCAAAACUAUACGUUGUAGCGCGGGUGGCAAGACCUUCAUGGUAGCAAACGGCAGGAUCCUAUACAAGCCCUUAGGUAAGGGCUGGGAAGAUGUCAAAAUGCAAAGCUUCGAGCAUGGCACCUCUACCUUGGAACGCUGCAUCGAAUUACCCCCAGCAGCUCUGAUCAGAUGCGCUCAGGCCAUACCAACUGAUACAGAUUCGAAAAUGCCGUGUUUCGUAGAUCGAUUCCGUCACGAGACACUGCUAGGUUGGGAUAGUAAUUUCCCCAGUUUCAUCAAGGCCGCCGUGGACACGAACACUCACCACUUCAACAUAUUCGAUGCUAACAUAAAUUUUAUUGCACAGUUCAAACCAUUAACGAUACAAUUGAAUGAAUGUCUAGAAGUUCUAGAUAGCUGUUGCCCGAUGGGAUAA